UCAGGCAUUACUGGGCCUACAACUACAAGCCUAAUGAUUGACGAGAGCUGGGCUGGGCAGAAAGACGGAGAGGGGAAAAAAAGAGACUGACUUCCAAGACCACAGAGCUGGGCUGGGGAAAAAGAAAGGUAAAGAGAGAGAGUGACUUGGGAGAAAGACAUAGGGAGAGAAAGAAUCGAGAAAGAGAGGAGAGUGCUUUCAAUUUCCAUUGUCCUCUUCUGGACUUGGGAAGAGAAUAGUGAGAGAAAGAGGAGAAAAGGAGAAAGUGAUUUUUCCGGGAUAGGAUUCUGGUUUUGGGACAGGGACAGGCGUGAUUUGGACGGUCUGAGACCUUUUGUGGGCUGGUACGGACCUGGUUGUGGGGUGGACAUGGGCCUGUUUCUGACGGGUCUAGGAUUACUGCUCUGCUGUUCCCUCUCCUCCCCUCAGAGACUGGCUCCCUCAGAGAGAAAUGUCUGCCAGGACCUCAGGGAUCCCUCCACUCUUGUCUGUUGUACUGGAUGGAGGCAACAGGGAGAGGAGUGUACUAUACCUGUGUGUGAUGGCGAGCGGGCCUGCCAGCAGGAUGAGGUGUGUGUAUACCCGGGCGUCUGUCGCUGUCGUCCUGGCUACUAUGGAGCCCACUGCAAGACACGCUGCCCUCCAGAGUUCUGGGCACCGGACUGCCGUGAGAUGUGCAAGUGCCACCCUCACGGGCGCUGUGACCCGAUCACGGGCGAGUGCACAUGCCUCCCCAACCGCUGGGGGCCACUCUGUCAGAACGCCUGCAGAUGUGGCCGCCACGGGCACUGUCACCCUGUGCACGGCAACUGCACCUGCGACGAGGGCUGGUGGACGCCCACCUGUACCAAGCAGUGCCAGUGCUACCCAGGCACCUCCACCUGUGACCCACUGACCGGCAGAUGUCAGUGUGCCUCAGGGUACUGGGGUCAGAAGUGCAGCCUUCGCUGUAGCUGCUACAGCUCGUCGUGCCAACAGAAGACGGGGGCGUGCGAGUGCCAGAACAGGUGGUGGGGUCCGUCGUGUGAUCGCCCCUGUAACUGUGACCUGAAGCACAGCGAGUGUCAUGCGGUCAGCGGGGAGUGUUUAUGUCAGCCUGGGUACAAGGGAGUCGUCUGUAAUGAGCCGUGUGGACCUGGGGAGUAUGGCAGCGGGUGUACACUGAGCUGUGGCCACUGUAAACGAGGCCAGUCGUGCUCUGUGGUUGACGGUGUCUGUACGGCCUGUGAGCCUGGGUGGAACGGCACACGCUGUGACCAGCCGUGCAAGCGGGGUUACCAUGGAAAUGACUGCCAUGAGGCCUGCCCACGCUGCAGGAACGGUGAACCAUGCAACCCCAGGACGGGGGCGUGUUCACGAUGUGAUCCAGGAUGGACCGGACCCAGAUGUGACAAGCCAUGCUUUAACAGAACAUUUGGGGACGCCUGCCGCUUCCUGUGCAGCCCCUGUUUCCAUGGCCACUGUGAUCACGUGACAGGAAGUUGUGUCUGUGGGCCCGGGUUCCAGGGACAGAGUUGUAAUAUCACCUGUCCAGACCAGCUGUAUGGCUUUAACUGUUCCUCUGUCUGUGACUGUGGAGAGGGCACCGCCUGUCACCCAGAAACGGGGGCGUGUCCAUACAGUGGUCACAGGGCUCUGAUCGCUGGUCUCCUGGUCCCUCUGAUCUUGGUGCUCCUGGGUCUGGUCUGCUGCUGCUGCUGCUGUGGAGGACCUACUGACGGCAAAGACAGGGUAGCAGUGGGUGACGGUGGUACCUCUGUCCGUAUGAAGCAUCAUGUGUAUAACGUCCUGGCCAACGUGAGCUCUGCUGUACCCUGUAUCUCUGUCUGGUCCUCUGGGCUACCCAGAGUCACAGUGUCCCACCACGACCCUGAGCUGACAUUCAACCACAGUUUCAUAGAGCCUCCCUCCUCAGGCUGGGUGACGGACGGAUCCUCCUUCGACAGUGAUGAGGAGACCGGAGAGGCUCUCUACUGUGUCCCCCCCAGAGAAGACAUCCCUGCAGUGGCGGGCGGUGAGUUCCAGGAGUUCCAGCAUGAGAUGAGUUCUAAGUGUAACAUGUUCCCCGACCCCUCUGCCUUCAGCGUUAGUGCAGAAGACAUGUCCCUCCCCUUUGGCAUCCCCCGCACCUCCAGCAACGCCAAGUCCAAACGCCCCUCCGUCUCCUUCGCCGAAGGCACCAGGUUCAGCCCCAAGGAGCGCCGAGGCUCUGCCCAGGACCUGACUCCCGGGGCCCCCCGUACCAAACCUAAGUCCCCCUGGGGGGUCCUGAUGCUGUCAGCCCUCCAGGCCCAUGGAGGGAAGGCCUCAGAGGGGGAAGAGACGGAGACAGGUGAGGGGGGUGUGGAUGGAUGUGAAGGUGGGACUGGACCAUUGGAAGAACCAGGAUCCAGUGGUGAAGAAGGGGACCCCGAUGUGGACAGGUACACGGCCACCCCGUCCCAAGCCAUGUCUACCCUGCAGGUGCCUGGAGCAUUGGUAGGAAGAAGACGCACCAUAUCCAACGCUGCUGUUAACAGAAAGGGUGGGCAAGCACCAGGGUCCACAUCCAAUGGCCAGCAGGCAGAGAUCGAUAAAGGGAUGGACAAGGUGACCACAGUGUACGUGACAGUGGGUAAGGCGGGGUUGGGGAGACCCCUGUCUAAACUAGAGCUCCCCAGCUCGGAGGGCCCAGUACAGGCCAUGCUACGCAGGCUAGGCAGCCUCCAGAGACAUAAAGACCAGGAGGGGGGAACUAGGUCCAAGGGUAAGAUCCUGCGGGCGGAGGGGAUCACCAAGCCACCCAGGAGGAAGCUAGGUGCCAGGGCCAGUGUGUGGGAGCAGGGUGGUCACCCACCCUUGGGGGUGGAGUGUCCUGUAGGGGAAGGUGUACCUAUGAGGAAACCCAGUAGGAGGAAACAGCACGCCCACCACAGCUCGCCUGCUGUCAUGGGAAACACUGACGAUGGCACUAACACUCACCCCCCACCAGAGGGUGCCAAUGCCACCAUUAUGCCUACGAGGCCCCUGUCCUCCAUUUUGAAAAGUGUGCCAGAGGUCGCUGGGUUAGAAGUCAUGGGUGAAAGGUCAGCGGUGAGGGGAGAGAAUGGUGACCCUGGGAUGCAGACUGAGACUGACAGUGGAUAUCUAACAGUUGGGCCAGCUGGAGUUGUAACCAACGCUGUUAGUCUGAGUGAAGUCAUCGCCAAUGACGGAGUGGUGGCCAGUGUGGACGAUGGAGCUAACCUAUAUGAGAAUGUGAUGAUAAUGCAUUCCUAACUUCAGAUGCGAAUGACUGUGCUGCUCUAUCUCCUCUCACAAUCGAGUAUGUCAUUUGACUACUAAUGAAUGAGGAAUUUGGAAACUAGCUUAAUGUACUGAAGUUAACGGUUGAGUCUGACAUUAACUAACUUUACAAUAUUGAGUAUACCAUUUUAUGAAUUACAAUAUGUACAUGAUGGUUCUGUACAAUAUGUACUGUAUGUAUGUAUAUCAUACAACAAUAGGAUAAUGUUGAAAUCACCUUACCAAAUAGUAAUCGACACUGUAACUGCCAUGUGUGAAACAACUAUACAAAUUAAAACAAAAAAAUGC